AAUACAGUGACAUUUGAUUCGCAUUUUGACAGUUUUUUAAAUAAUUGUCACGUUUUUGUAAAAAAAUUAUGAAAACACACUUACAUAAAAUAAGCAGCUAGGAAUUCGGUUAUUUAACCAAUUUGGGGUAGGAAUAGAAGAUUCAGAAGAAUAUUCAGAUUAGACUUGGGCCAACAGAAAUACCAAAUAAGUUCUGUCAGGGCCCUGUGGUCAAACCAUGCCUUUUACUCCAAUGACGCAACUAUAAUGUUUUAAAUUGGAGUUCAAAUUUUAACUGAAAAUGUCUCUAUUCCGAAGAGUUUUUCUUCGUAAACACGCCUUGCGCACCCUUUUUGAUAAUAAUUUCAACCACAAGCAAACAAGAGUUUUGUGUAUUACACCAAAUAGUCAAGAAUCAAACUCAGAAAAUGCAACGGAAAAUCGCCUAAAAUAUCUCUUCCUGGUGGCAGCCGGCUACUUAACUUACAGAUUAUUUAACAAAGAACACUUGUUCCCCACCGCUUUAGCGGCCUCUAAUUUAAAAAGUCGCAAAAAGGAGCUUAAUUUCGUUGCUGACGUGGUUGAAACUUCCGCACCUGCUGUGGUCUACAUCGAAAUUAAGGACACCAGAAGGGUUGAUUUCUUCACAGGAAGACCCACCACGAUAUCAAACGGGUCCGGUUUUAUUAUCAGGGAAGACGGUCUUAUCUUAACAAAUGCGCAUGUUGUUGCCAAUAAACCGCAUUCUAAAGUCGAGGUGAAAUUACACAAUGGGGCGACUUAUAACGGAUACGUGGAAGAUUUCGAUAUGAAAAGCGACUUAGCCACUGUUCGAAUCCCUGCUAGAAACUUGCCCACAAUGAAAUUAGGCAAUUCGUCUGAACUGAGGCCUGGAGAAUUUGUCGUAGCUAUAGGCAGCCCCCUAGCUUUGAGUAACACGGUGACUUUUGGGGUUAUCAGCUCAACACACAGGGGCUCAGACGAGUUGGGGUUGAGGGGCAAAGACAUGGUGUAUUUGCAGACUGAUGCCGCUAUUACGUUUGGGAAUUCAGGGGGGCCUUUGGUUAAUUUGGACGGGGAGGCGAUUGGUAUAAACAGUAUGAAAGUAACGGCUGGGAUUUCAUUCGCUAUUCCUAGUGAUUACGUGAAGGAAUUUUUGAAAGAAAGUCUUAAAAAAGCGGGGAAAGUCAAACACUCGCGGAGAUACAUGGGCAUUACAAUGCUCACUUUGACGCCCGAAAUUCUAAAUGAGUUGCAACAAAGAAAUCAGUUUGUGCCAGCUGAUGUCAAGAGUGGAGUUCUAGUCUGGAAAGUUAUAUUAGGAUCACCUGCUGACAAUGGAGGUUUGCAACCUGGUGAUAUUGUCACACAUAUUGAUGGGAAAGUAAUUACUGGUGCUAAUGAUGUGUAUGGUGUUCUUAGUGGAACAACCAAUCGGACUAUAUCUAUGACUGUUAGUCGCCGUGGGAAAAAACUAGAAGUAUACGUAACGCCCGAAAAUUUAGAAUAAUGUAACUUGUACUGGAAUAAAUUAAGAUUUACAUUGCA